UUAGUUCAUAGACAGACAAAAUUCAUACAUUUCCCCGACAAGGACUUGGCCAAGUGAUCUACUGCUGCCUACUGCCAACAGAUCCCAGUGGUACACAGGACUCAGACCCAGAGGUAGUACGUGUGAGGGGGACAUAAAGGGUAGCCUACCAGGAUGGGUUCCUGGGCCAAGCUGAAGUCCACUGGCUGGGUGUUUCCCACAGCCGUUUUGUCACUCUAUGGGUUCUUCGCCAACUGCAGACCAGCUGAGCCCUUCCUAACACCCUACCUUAUUGGACCAUACAAGAACAUCUCAGAGGAAGUGGUGACCAACUACCUGUUCCCCAUCUGGACGUACUCCUACCUGGCCGUCCUCUUCCCCGUCUUCCUGCUGACAGACUUCCUGAGGUACAAGCCGGUGAUCGUGGUCCAGGGCCUCUUCCUGGUCACCAACUAUGUCCUGCUCUGCUUCGCCCCCGGCCUGACCGCCAUGUCCUUCCUGCAGUUCAACUAUGCCGUGGUGACCUCCACGGAGGUGGCCUACUUCUCCUACAUCUACAGUGUGAUCCCUCCGGAGAGGUACCAGCGGGCCACCGGCUACCUCCGCAGUGCCAUGCUGACAGGCUCCACCCUAGGGGCCACCAUAGGCCAGAUGCUGGUCUCCCUGGCAGGGCUGGACUACUUCCACCUCAAUGCUAUCUCCCUGGGGAUUCUCAGCAUUGCGUUCCUCAUCUCCAUCUGGCUACCCAUGCCCCAGCAGGGGAUGUUCUUCAGGGGGGAGAAGGCUGCCCUGGGCCUGAGCGCCAAGGGCCAGGUGGAGGAGGAGGCGAGUGCAGUGGAGGAGGCCCAGGAUGCAGAGGAGGCCGUGGAGGAUGGUGCUGGGUCGGGUAGGACCCAAGGUGCCGGGGGUAGUACUGGCUGGUGCAGCCUGCAUAAUGUGGUCUAUGCUGGCAGGCUGCUCUGGAGCAGUUUCAGAGAGUCCUACUCCUCUAGGAAGCUGGUCUACUGGUCUCUGUGGUGGGCUCUAGCCACGGCCGGCUACGGCCAGGUGUUCAACUACAUCCAGCUGAUGUGGGACCACAUAGAGCCAUCCAGCACCUCCUCUGUCUACAAUGGAGGGGUCGAGGCCAUCUGCGCAGUAGUAGGUGCAGCCGCAGCCUUCUGUGUGGGUCAUGUAAAGGUGACCUGGGAUGUCUGGGGGGAGCUGUCACUGGGGGUGUUCUCUGCGGUCGGGGCAGGGGCCGUGUUUCUGAUUGGGCUGACCAGCAACAUUUGGGCAAGCUAUGCUGGCUACGUCAUCUUCAAGGCCUCCUACAUGCUGCUGAUCACCAUCACUACAUUCCAGAUUGCAUCCAACCUUUCCAUGGCAUGCUAUGCUCUAACGUUCGGAGUCAACACUUUUGUCGCCCUCUUGCUGCAGACCAUUCUCACAGCCAUCGUUGUUGAUGAAAGUGCACUGGGGUUAGACAUUAUCACACAGGUAUGGUUGCACAAUCCAGAGCUAGACAGGCCAUUGUCCAUUCCUUUAACUGAUCACUGCACAAGUUAUCAAAAGUGGCAAGAGAUUGACACCUGGUGGCAAAUUAUUACUGCAUUGUUACUGUUCUUAACCCCUCUAAUAAAACCAAAGUUUAAUUUCCCUUUCCCCAGUUCAUCAUCUAUGGCAGCUACUAUGCCGCAAUAUCUGUGCUUUUCCUGAUCCGAGGGAUGUACACAGCCUGUGCACACCACUGCCGUCCUAAACAGGCAAUGGACCAGGAGCAGAAAGAAGAACCCGAAGUGGAGAUGCCCUCCUCAGACCGGUUCUGUUCUGAC